GAGCGCUGCCGCAUUAGAACAUGACUGUGGCCGCAACAGAGCACAGCAGCGGUACACCCACGUCUUACAUCCAUUUCAAGCAGUUGUCUAGUGAACCGUACUGAUGGGCGAUGCAGGGAAACAGAGUGUGGAAGAGAUGAAGGCGGAGAGCUGUGGGACCACUGCUCCCACCACCAACACUACAUCAGUCUGCCUUACAGCCAGAUCCAACACUCCCACAGGCACCCAAGUCAACACCACCCCUCUGGGAAAUAUCCCUUUAGAAAGACAGGCCAUCCAGGUAAUUCACCAGACAUUACACGGGCCACAGAGUAUGACUGCUCAGUACUUGCAACAGAUGUACGCAGCCCAACAACAGCAUAUCCUCCUACAGACAGCUGCCUUACAACAGCAUCAUCAGCAAAACCUUACUGCUACACAAAUCCUGGCCACUGCACAGCAGGCCUCACAAAAUAAUGGCAGGCAGCACUCCUUCUCCCCUCCUUCUUCCAAUGGGAAUGUAACUCAGCUGGCUAAUGUGUCUCAGACAUCAAUCACCAUGACGACCUCUUCUGUAUCUCAGCCAACCAGCCGCAUUCAGGUCACCAGCUCCAGUAGCACAGGGGGUGCUAUAUCCCAGCAGACCAUGCUCCUAGGUAACACCUCUCCCACAGGUAGCCCGGCCCAAAUGUACCUGCGCACACAGAUGCUGAUUCUUACCCCUGCUGCCACUGUAGCGACUGUUCAGCCUGAUUUAACUGUCGUGAGUUCCAGUUCUCAUUCAGCAUCAUCACAGAGUUUGGCUCUUCGCACACAUCUCUCUGGAGCUCUUUCUACUCCUCAAACCAUCCAGAUGAAGCCCUCCACUCAUUGCCCGGCGUUGGUGACCCCCCUUCCCAAAAUGUCCAUUUGUCCCCUGAAUUCCACACAGCUAUCUCAGAACCUGGUCGAAACUUCUAGAUGUGAGACACUGUUGACCGAUGUCACUCAGCCAACAUCAACUCACCUACUAAUUGCUCCUUCAACAUUCUCGCCAGUCCAGUCCCAUUCUCUGGUCAGACACCAGCUGCAUUGCUCUUCCGGCCAGAGGGUGCCGCAACACCAGCUCAUCAUUCAACAGAGAGCCACUGCUCACAGACAGGUCCAGCCCAUUGCACUGCGUGCCACACCACAGGACAGCUCUCCUCCGCCCCUCACCCUACAGACCCGUACCACUCCCACUACAGCCACCGUCCAAUCACAGCACACCGAGCUCCUCUCAGUGCCCUCCUCUCCAAAUCAACCAGCCAAUCAUUCACCUGUUCAACAGCAAGCAGUCGUAUCUACAUCUACGCUCCAACCUGCAUCACUGCCUAACCCUCCUCCCCUUCAUCUGGGCCCAGCAAUAGAGCCUGUCUCCAAAUAUUCUCCUCUGGCCGGUCCCCCUCCUCUCACCAUGGCCCUGCCCAGACUGACCCAGCCGCAGAGGCUCUCUCUGCGCUCAGUUCAAACCGUGGCUGUCCAGUCUGACCACAUGCUGGUGUCUGAAGAGGAGAUCCAAGUUACAGAAGCACUGGUCCAGCUGCCUUUUCAAAACCUUCCACCACCACAGACGGUGGCAGUGGACUUAAAGGUGCAAACUGCCACACAAACAGAAGCUUCCUUGGCAACCCAGCUGUUGAAGGAGAGCGAAAGCAUGAAUUUGGUGAAGGAUGUAGAACAUGUAUGUCCUCAGAGGAACAGAACGCCAACUCCGCCACCACUGUCCCCUCCAGUCGAGCCACAGACGAGCUCUGAUGAUGUAACAUCCCAACCAGAAAACUGCACAGCUGAACUGAACCAACCAUCGAGCAGAUCUGUGAUCCAGUCACCGGAGGACUCAACACAUGCCAACAGUUUCCCCUCUCCCCUCCUCUCUUCUGCGGUAAGAAGCACCAGCAGGUUUCCCCCAGCCAGCCUUCUAGGGAACCCUGAGGGUCAGCCCUCACAGACCAUCGUUAGACCACACAUCCUUACACACCUCAUUGAGGGCUUCGUCAUCCGAGAGGGCCUGGAGCCGUUCCCGGUGAGACGUGCCUCCCUGGAGAUGAACCUGCAAGCCACACUACCAGACGAUAAAGAGAGAGCUGCUAAUGAAGAAUCAGCCCAGGACUGCUUAAUCGAUGCGGACCAACCAGACAACUCCACUGAUUCUGACAUUGAUAACCCUCCUGCCGAGGAUGAACAGACAGUUGAAAACCUGCCUGAUGUUCUCAAGUGUGAGUUCUGUGGGAAAAGAGGGUUUGCUCAUACCUUCCUCAGAUCCAAACGCUUCUGCUCCAUGACAUGUGUCAGAAGAUUCAAUGUGAGGUGUAAAAAGCAUCUUAACCUGUUGAGAGGAGAAAAGAUUGGCCGCUGGCCCCACAGACAGAUGGGCAGGCGUGGGAGACCACCUAGUCGUAUAAAUGGUGGGUCGAGGAAACACUUCUUCAGACAGCUUCAAGAAUCCCAUUGCACUGAUGACAGCCAAAGAGUAUCCAAUUCCUCACCAUGGAUCGAGAGAGAGGAGGAUCCACCAGGCCCAAUGACGACAAGGCUGCGUUUGCAGGCCAAGAGAGAGCAGGAGCAAGACAGAGAAAGAGAAGAUAGCAGGGUAGAGCGUUGCAGUAGUUCUCACUGUCUUCUUGACUCUAGACCCUCACAGUGGAGUGUGGAGCAAGUGUGCUUCUUUAUCAACUCUUUACCAGGAUGCCAUGCUAUUGCUGCAGAUUUCCAGUCACAGGAGAUUGACGGACAGGCCCUGAUGCUACUGACAGAAGACCACCUUAUGAAUGCUAUGAACAUUAAACUGGGCCCUGCACUCAAAAUCUGUGCACAAAUCAACUCUCUCAAAGAAUCCUAAACAUACUAUGGGGCUGUUUUUUGUAGGAUUAGGAUGCUCUGCUUCAUAAACAGACAUAGUGUUCCGAAUCCCCAGUGUGGAUUUCCUCUCAAUAGUGUGGAGGCACAUACUGUCACAUCACAACUCCUUCAGAAGUGCCAUGUUUUCUGCAAAUGAAUAACCAUUUUACAAUAUAAAUCUAGACAUUCAUAAUGACCCUGCCUUUUCAGAUACCUCUAACAAGAUCAUAGCUUUAAAUUUUAUGGUGGACCCAAAAUCUCUCAUUCCAUUUAAUUUGAUAGUAAGAUUGACUUACAUGAGCAUGGUGUGAAUUUUAUAUAUAAUAUCCAUGCUAUCUUGUGAUCUUGUAUAUUGCAUUUAUAGUAAAUAAACCAACUGAAAAGUACCUUUACAUUGGAUUAUGGAGAAACAGGGAUGAUACAGUAUAGCUGUGUAGCCACAAAUUGUGGAGGUUUGUACAUAAUGUAAAAAUUAUUAAAAACAAAAAGUUUACAAAAAUAUAAAGAGACACUUUUCAAAGGAUGUAAAAGUUACAGAGUAUGUAAUGGUGGAUGUUUUAAAAUAAAGAUUUAAUGAUAAACAAAAAUUAAGUCUUGUAUAAAAUAUGUGCAUGAGCACACUUAAAUACUUGAUUCCUUUCACAUCAAGCACUUUUUUAUACCAUUGAGUAGAAAAACCUAUGUAUUACAAAUAUAUUGUGAACUGUCAAGUGGUCAAAAAAAAUCAUAUCCAACUUUGGAACAUUAAUAUUCUCACAUUAACCAGGAUAAAUACACAGCAUUUUGGAGGUUUUAAAGGAAUAGUUCACAAAAAAAAAAAAAAAAAAAAGAAAUCCUCAUUUA